AUGCACGUCGACGACGUGAUGGACGAGCGUUCAUCGGCGCUGGGAACAGCAGGGAUAAGAGCUGGACUCACGGGCACGGCAAGCCCUCGAGGUCUUGGACUGGCGAUUCGGCAGCGGGAUGGGAUGGCGCUGCCAUUUGGAGCCUUGACGCCCGAUCAUCUCCCCCCCCCCCACGACAACUAUUUCAGGUUUAUUUUGCUUCACAUGAUCAAGCGUCCCAAAAGUUGUCGGGGUACUUGUUACGAGCUGCGGCUGCUACGGCGACGGCUACAGAUGCUGCCACUGCUAUUGCCACUGCCACACUGCGACGGCUACGGCUACGGCUACUGCUACAGAUACGGCUAG